UAGCGCCCUCUCCCGGCGCUUUACAUUCCUCCUUGAGCAUCCUAGCGUCCCAGCUACAAGUGUAUGAAGGACACAUUGCUGCGCUGCACGCUCAUCCCUUUAGUUUGUUGAAAUUGUACGAAUCAAAACACAGGAAAAGAAUAACAGAAUUAACUGGCACAGAAGCUCAGAUCUAGUAGUGACGUAUGCCUGCAACAGCGUCUGCAAGUUCUGCUGGGCUACGAGUUCGGAUGCGAAGCGGAUGUCGGCUUCCAAGACCACUUUUAAGCAGACCAAAAACAAGAAAGUCCAUUGGAGCCACAUCAGAGGACUUGGCAGCUCCAGCCUUUGUCCUUGUAUACUUCCCUCAAGACAAGACUACCACCAUUGUUCCAAAGAGAAAAGUAGAAGGAUGGAUUUCUCCAGGGAAGAAAGUAGAAAUUAGGGCUGGAAAUAACAAGUUCCAGGGCACUGUCAUUGGAGCAGAUGAUAGCAAUGAACCGUUGGAAUUGCGUAGAGCAGAAUUUGAGAAGGAAUGCUUCAAAGGAAAUAAACAUAUAGAUGAAGAAGAAGCCGUGAAAAGAUUCAUCACAAAAAGAGGGGCUAUUAUGGAUGAAAUGGCACAGUUAACAGAUACUGAAACAGAUCCUGCAGUUGGCAUCAAAAGAAGAAAAAUCAUUUAUCAAGCGAAAUUUCAAGGGAAGAAAACUAUGUCAGAGAAAUGGAAUAUUGAUAGUGAGACUGAAGAAUUACAAGAACCUUCUUCUACCAGCCAUCAAACAAUACAACAAGCUUUUGUAGAUGCAAAGAAUGAUGAAACAAUAAACGAACAGGAGGAAGAUGCUAGCCUACAAGAAGAAAAUCCAGAGAAGAAGUCUUUAACAGAAACAUCUGUGGUAGAAAUUGAAAGAAAUAAUGGAUCUCAAAACUCGCAGGUUACUUGUAGAAACCAGAACAUUAGUCCAUUAACUAGUGGUAAUGUGAAGGAAAGUAGAGCUGCUAGUAACAAUGGCUGUGAUAAUGGUGAAGGAAAUGACCAGAGAAAUGUUUCGGUGCAAAUUCGACGCAGGAAACGGCAUUUUAUGAAACACAUUCCCGUUCGUCAACAGUAUCGAUACCUAUUAUCAUCACCAUCAUCAGUUUCUACGGAAUCUUUCAGGCCACCUUGCGUAGCAAGUUGUUCACCCGUUUCUUGCCAAGACAUAAAUCACCUUGCUAAAAAAAAACAAAAUGUACAUAAUCAAAGUCCUGCUCAAGAAUUGAAUAAUUUUUCCUCUUCACAUGCUCAACCAGCAAGUUACAGAGCAGAAAGUAUAAAUGCCCAAGAACACCAUGUUAUUAGUCCUACAUCCACUCCUCAAGGUAGAACUUCUUUUUCUUCUUUCAAAGAGGUUCCUUCUUCGAGUUCACCUUAUCAGGUUACUAAUCCUCCUCGUGCUUUAGGGCCAUCUAUUUCUUUUACUCCGUCCACAUCCCAAGGAUCACCAGCAGCUGCCGUGCAUUUACAUUGCAACUGUGGCUCACAGUUUGGAGAAGUAAUACAAGAACUAAGAUGCAUCCGACGGUAUUUGGAAAAUAUCAUGAAUGAUCUAAACAAGCCAAGAAAUCAGUCCUUAUUAGUUGUAGAUGGUCAACCCUCUCAUGUUAUUCUCAACCAACCACAGUCUCUGAAUAGAUUCCAAAGAUCAAACCCUUCUCUGUCUGAACCAAACUAUCAGACAACUGAAUUAGAAAAACAACACCUUCGUAUCAAUGAUUGCUUUCCUGUUUCUACUAAUUCAACUCUAGAAGCAGAAGAAGACCUCACUGCCCUUAUUGAGCCAUCAGAUCAUUAUGACCAAGAAGAGACCGUUGUAGAAGAAACUGCAAAUUUACCAAGUGCUAGACAUCAGUUAAAAGAGUUUGACAAUACAAAUGAAGAUUACAAUGUAUCUCAGAGAUCUCAUCAACAGAACGAACAGGGGGAAAUUGUAAGUGAAGCAGUGACUCAAAGCGAGUUUCCUCAAAAUGCUGGAGUAUUUCCUCUUGAGAAUCAACAUUAUCUCAGUGCAAGAGAACUUGAAGAGACUCUUUCUAACUGUAAUUCACCUCAACAAUUUGCAGUUUGCAUUAUGAGGAAAAUAUUUACCGAUAAAGAGAGGUUAUCUGGAAAUGUAAAUGGUUGUGGAAAACCCCGUUUAAAUCCUUUAAAAAUAAAGUAUAUUAAGGAAUGUAUUGAAAAGUUCUAUGAAUUUGAUAAGAACGAUCAGACUGUGUGGAAGAUGUGCGUGAAAGCUAUUGAUUCCGCAAAUAGAAGUUUUCGGAAUAGGAAUGAAGUCAUGAAGAGGAGAGCUGCCGAGGCAGUAGCAAGUGCAAUACAGAACACUUUGUAAUAAAAAAAAACUUAUUUUUUGUGCUUUUUUUGCUGCAGUUGGAAUAUGUAUACCUGUUUUGUUCUCUUAAGUGAAAAAUUUUUUUGUCAAACUAUUCACUGAAAGACUCGAUAUAAAUGAUAUUGUUGAAUCUUAAAAGAUUGAGAUUUUUUUAUUGAAUAUUAGACUUGCUAUCAAAUAAAACUACAGGGAUGAUACAUA